UUAAACAUGUGCUGCACGAUUCAAGUGAAAAGCAGCAAUCAGGAUAGGAAUGAACUUUAUUCCGUUUUCGCGAUUGCAUUCAACAAGGUGUACGCCAUCACUUUUCCCGUCAGGAAAUUUUUCAAGUUUAGUUUCCUUCCAAUAGGUAGUGUUCAUACAAAGUCGAGUACAUGUACAUGGUAUCUUGUAAUUCACACAGUCAAUGCUGAUAGUUGCUUCAUUUCAUUUCAUUUCCUGGACAGGAAUCGGUUUCUAGCGAAAGAAUGGCUGUAACAAGUGAUAAUCGAUUUUCCCACUGAUUCAUCAUUAAUCGUUGGUGCUUUUGUGGAAAACUAAGAAGUCAGUAGUAACGUCGCCAUCGGAAUCAUCGAUCUGCAGCGGAAUGGCGCGAUGAGGAAAUGUGAAAAGUGUGUGCAUAGAAACUUGAGACCCCUUGCGGAUACGGGGCUCCAUCCAUCUCCACAGAGGAUCCUUCGCAAAUAAAAAAAAAGAAGAGCAAGCUUCUCCGUUCUGUGGUCGGUAGACUGAAGCACCGCCAACAGAACAUAAAAUGCGUGUUAUCGGUACCGGAGUGAUUGGGUGUCAUUUUUCCGACUGCAGUUUACUCGACUUGACGACAGUGACUAGUGUGCGGUGCUGUAGAGUGAUUCAGUAUGGCCAGCCACGGCCAGCAGCAGAAAAGUUAUCAACAAUAUCAUCAAAAUCGCCACCACCACCAAUACCAUUAUCAGCAGCAUCAGAAGAAACGUAAGAUGAAUCUGAUGCCCAUCAAGCUCAACCGGAGGCGGUUCUAUCUCUGCCUUAAGGUGAUGCUGUUGUUCGUGGUGUUCGGGCUGUACUUCGUGUUGCUGCUACGUGAAUCGAUGACGGCAUUUUCUUCGAACCGGAUGAAGGCUGGCGUCAAGAGUGAAGCGCACAAACCCCCCGCAGAAGGUCGGCUAGCUCGUCCAGCGAAAAGUGCCCUUCAUCACAAACACCACAACCACUGGGCAGUUGCGAGUCAGCAUGCAUCCUCCAGGGAAUCAGCCGACAGUGAUCAGAAGCAGCUGGCAGUAGCCAUCGCUGAAAAUCACUCCACCCUGAAUCCGGUGUAUGAGUACUCCGAAGAACUGAACGCCGCUGCUGAGGCGGAUUUCAACGAGCGGCGAUCGGUACUGUGGAACGUCUGCGCCGAUCAUCGAAUCAUCGGGAAGUAUCCACCCAAUGCUUGGGAGUUUUUCAUUUCCCCAGGCCACGGACUGGCUUGGUGUAAUAUUUUUAAAGCAGCGAGCAGCACUUGGAUGUACUAUUUUAACUUACUGGGUGGUUACGACAUCCGGUUUCUACAGCGAACGCGAUCUUCGCCAAUCGAUCUGGCGCGAAAACGGUUCCCACGGCCAUCUACUGCGGAACUGAACGAUUAUCUCUCGAACACAAUUUCGUUUCUGAUAGUGCGAGAGCCGUUCGAACGAUUGGUGUCGGCCUAUCGGAAUAAAUUGGAGGGUUGUCGUAAUAAGUACUACAAACUGUUGGGCGAACAGAUCGUCAAGCGAUUCCGCAAGAAACCCAAAGAAGGCAGCAAACCGGUUUCGCGUAAAUAUCCCAAGGGGCCAACAUUUCGGGAAUUUUUGGAGUUUUUAGUUGCACAUUACAAGAGCGGUGGAAGGUUCGAUGAGCACUGGAGUCCAGUGUAUUCAUUCUGCACACCGUGCAGCAUCAACUUUACCUUGAUAGCCAAAGUAGAGACGUUUCAGAGGGAUAGUGAGUACAUCAUACGGCAGGCAGGUUUGGAGACGUUGCUUCUGAAUAAGCUACCCCGUAGUCGCAUGCGUACGAUCACCAAUCGUGCGGCGAGCAAUACACGGAAUCUGACACCAAGAUACUUCUCCCAGAUCGAUGAGCGGCUUCUGACAGAAGUGCUAGAAAUAUAUCAACUCGAUUUCGAGCUGUUUGGUUACAAUAGCACAAAAUAUUAUAGCUAUGUGCAAGAUUCAAUAGAGGAAGGAUAACAGCGAUAAAUGAUAGCCGUUGGCCCAAAGGUAUGCACGUCGUUCAGAAUAUAUCCAGCCCCAGACCACAAAGUAGAAUGAGAAUGAGCUAAAAGAAUACAGAUGCAUACAAGCAAGCAUGAACACAAGACUUCAAGGCUAGGAUAGCAAUGUGAACAUUAUCUUUAGGAAACAUAGAUAAGAAAAAAACACAAAUAUUAACAAACUCCAUUCGAUGUUCGUUUAUUGUCAAGUGUUGUUAGAAUAGCCUAUACAUAAAUUCAUAUAUUUUUGAUAAACGAAGAAAUCAGAACAAACAAGAAAAGUUAACGGUUAUUUUCGUAGGUUAGUUUCUUAUCAUAUGUUAAUGAACCAGAAACAAAAAAAACAAGUGAACUCAUUGAAUUUGAACCAUACCACAAAACAAACAUAAUAGGACUAAUCCCACCUACUCUUCGAAGAAUGACAAAAUAUUUGCAAAAAUUAACUCCCCCAGCAGCAAUAGAAUGUAUAAUUAAUUAUCACCAUACAAAAGGCCAACCCACUAAUUUGAUGUGAUAGAUAUUUUACGUACACAAGUUUGAUGAAUGAGUAGCAUACUGUCUGUGAAGAGCCAAAGGACUCUCCCAAAUUUUUCAAGUGGGACGAUCCCCUGUGAACAGGUUACAUGCGAUGUUGCAACGAAAACACAUGUGACAUUCCACAACCGGGAGAACAAAGGAAUCUAAUUAAUUAUAUCGCAAAGCACCCGUGCUAUUAAAAGUGCUGAAUCUAGUUUAAGGAUGUAUGCACUAAUCCCCAAUUCUUGAUCACGUGUCAGCGCUGGCUUCUUGUGAUAGCUUUUACAUUCUUCUUGAAUAUAUUCUCGAAAUUGCUACAGAAAUCGAUCUGAUGUGGAUAAAGUGCCAAAAAGUAAGUAUAUAUUGAUUGUCUUCACCAGCCAUUCCGUUAAGGCUUCUAAUAUAAUGUGUGCUAUAGUAUAUCCGGAUUCGAACUGAAUAGAUCCGAUUGUAAACUCCCCAGAAAUUCUGGAUACCAACGGAUGCUCUAAAUUAAUUCUAUUAUGUGUCGUAUUGAUGGCCCAGCACCAGAUAUAAGCAAACUCGCUAACGAAAUUCACCAAUCAAGUUGUUAUAGGAAUAAACUAUAUUGAAAAGAAAAACGAUCUGCUCGAGUUAGUUAUACACAGAUACGAACGUUAGUCUCACCAUAUUCUAUGUGAAUGUUUAAAUUGAACGAAAAACCAAAACUGUUUCGGAAAGCAUCUAUUUUUAUAUUGAUAUUUGAAUCUGUGAAACAAAAACCAACAAUACUAACAAGAAGGAAAAAAAACGAGUCUAAAUUUUCGACCCAACGUAUUUCAAAAUUUCGUUUCACGGUAAGACGAAAAUUUUACACGAACUUAAAAACAAUUUUUGUUUAAACACCCACACUCACAAAAAAAAAAACAAAAUUAUAAAAAUGGUUACACAAGAAAUUUGAAGAAGAAAACAAACUGUAUCGUUCAAUGUCGCUGUCAACAAUGUACCUUGUAUUUACAAACUAAGCGAGAUUAUAGCAAAACAUUAAAGAAAAGAAACAAACUUAGUUUCACGACCCCCACUAUUAGUUUCACAAAUAUUCACAAAAUUGUACAACUAUCAUUGAUAACGAAAACACACAACACAUAAACGUAUGUAUAUAUACGACAGAUAUGCUAUGGUAAAAUAAGGAAAUCGAAAAAAAAAUGUUUAGAUAAACUAAUUACCAAACAUUUACAUAUACCAACGAAUAAAGAAACAUGGGAAAGAUUGAAAGCAGACACAGAAGUGUCCAAUUGGAAACGUUUACAACAGCUAUAUACAAAACACAUUCCGUUUCACGAACGCAGAAGAGAGAAGAAAGGCAAAAUGAGGAAAAAAGAAAACAAAUUAACAGACUGAUUCAACAAACACAAGUAGCGGAAAUAAACGACGAGAGUGAUAUAGAACAUCUUUACAGUCGUUACGUUGAAGUGAGCAAACAAUGA